GUCGAGUGGAUGUGUGGUUACGUACGCGUGUGUUGUACGUGAAAUAUAUACGAAGUAAAUGGUGUUACAUAGAUUUGUUUUAUGAUGGGGGUGGGACUACAGCCGCUUGAAUUUACAGAAUGUUUGACUGAUAGCCCUACGUUCAGGGAGAAACUUCACACACAUGAAAAGGAGCUGGAACGGACAAGUCAACAAAUAAAAGGACUGAUAAAAGAAGUAAAGGAUUUACUAAAUGCCGCUAAAAACCUGUCGAAAGCGCAGCGCACGCUGUCGUAUAGCCUCAUCAACUUCAACUUCGAGUGCAUCGGAACGUCGCAGACGGACGACGAAGUCAGCAUCGCCAAGUCGCUGUCGGAAUUCGGUCGGCUCAUCUCCAACAUCGAGGACCAGCGGGACAUGAUGCUGGACCGCGCCUACGAGCAAAUAAUUCUGCCGCUGGAGAAGUUCCGGAAAGAGGAGAUAGGAGCCGUCAAGGAUGGCAAGAAGAAGUUCGAGAAGGAAACGGCGAAGUUUUAUCUUAGCCAAGAGAGGUACCUGAACCUGUCCACCAGAAAACAGGAGAACGUCCUGCAAGAGGCUGAUGCGAAUCUGAUGCUCGAAAAGCGAGCUUUCUCAGAAGCCAGUUUGGAGUACGUGUUUCUCCUACAGGAAGUCCAAGAGAAAAAGAAAUUCGAAUUUGUUGAAACACUGCUCGGUUUCAUGUACAGUUGGUUAACAUUCUAUCACCAUGGACAUGAAGUUGCCAGUGAUUUCAAACCAUACAUGAAUGAUCUGCAGUUAAAAAUACAGAAGACAAGAAAUAACUUCGAUGCAACUCGAGAUCAUACGGAGAAGCUCAAAAAGAAAAUGCAGGAGAUAACAGCUUUGUCUGGAGCGCCUAUUAAGCCAAAUCGCCAUGAAGGUUAUUUGUACCUGAUGGAAAAGAAGGCUUUUGGCACAACAUGGACAAAGCAGUAUUGCACUUACCAAAAGGACACCAAAGAAUUCACCAUGGUACCAUACAACCACUUGACAGGGAAGCAGGCCCCAGGAGAAACUAUAAAGCUUGCAUCUUGUGUGAGGAGGAUGUCUGAAUCCAUAGAAAAGCGCUUCUGUUUUGACAUUACACCAGAAGACAGACCCGGUGUAGUAUACACACUGCAGGCAUUAUCAGAUGAGGACCGCAGAUUGUGGAUGGAUGUCAUGGAUGGCAAGGAACCCACAUAUUCAGUACCUGGUAAAUCAUCAAAAUCUGAAGAAACAUCUCUAGAUGAAACAGGGUUUAGAUUUGUCAGCAAGUGUAUUGAAGUUCUGGAGAAAAGAGGUUUGGAGGAAACAGGUCUGUACCGUAUGGUGGGCCUCAACUCGAAGGUAACGAAGUUAUUGCAGAUGUGCUUAGACAAGAGAAAACCUGAAAGACUACAGGCACUGGAUGAUGAAUCUGAAUGGGAGAGUAAAACUAUCACUAGUGCCCUCAAGACUUAUCUUCGCAACCUACCAGAACCAUUGAUGACAUUCCGUCACCAUAACGCUUUUGUUGCUGCUGCGAAACAAGAAACAAAAAGUCAAAGAGUGAAUGAUGUACAUACACUGGUUCAUCGACUACCACAAAUGAACUUUGACAUGCUCAACAUGCUUGUCAGGCACCUGAAAAAGGUUGCAGAGAAAAGUGAAAAAAAUCGGAUGACUGUGAGCAAUCUGAGCACCUGUUUUGGGCCUACACUGUUGCGUCCUGAAGAGGAAACUGUUGCGGCCAUCAUGGAGACAAAGUUCUUUAAUGUCGUUAUUGAGAUACUGAUUGAGAACUAUGACAAGAUAUUCCGGACAUCCCCAGAGCCAUCUGAAAUACCAAAUCUACCUGCAGCUACACAGAUACAACCACAGCUUGGGAUGGCCACUAAUAUUGCUGCUGCUACAAAUGGAGGCAUUCCUCUACACCAUAACCAUAACCACAACCAUGUUAUACCUCCACCUAGAGCAAAGUAUGCUCAUCAGCAGUCAUCACACGCUGUUGCACAUCUUGUCCGCACAUAUGACACUCCAACGCCUGUAUCAUUGGGAGGAGGAAUGAAUCACGUAGGAAUUACUGGGCCAGGGUACGGUAUUUCACCGACCCCGAGUGCACAUACGACUGGUCUUCCUGCUGCAGCUCAUCAUAAGUUGCAGCCUUCCAUUGUGUCAAGUCGAGUCAGUCCUUCCAGUGUUUCAGCUUUUUCUGAAAGCAACCUGCUGAGUCUUGGGCAUCCGUCUUACCACAGCUACCACUCCAAGCCCCAUUAUUUUUACAGCACAAGGGGUAGUCCUGAACGCUUGGAUGUCAGUAUGAGCAGUUCAACAGAAACUUUGCCUGUCUCUGUGAGGGAUGGAAGUGGUAGCCUGGUCCACGUCCAAGACUCACCACAGAAGAACAAGAGAGGAGGAACACUGCAUGGAAAUUACACAGCAGUUUACCGGCCACCUCAGGAUAUGAGAGUUCGUACAUUGUAUGCUUGCCAAGGAGAGAACGAUGGAGAACUUUCAUUUGAACCUAACCAGAUUAUCACUAAUGUAAGAGGAUCACAGGAACCUGGUUGGCUUGAGGGAACACUUAAUGGAAAGACAGGCCUUAUUCCUGAAAAUUAUGUCGAGAAACUUCCCUGACCUGGGCUCAAACUAUGGGCAAGAAUUAGUCGACGGUCAGCCCACCUUCAGACUCAGCCGCAGGUGCCCCAUCAGCCACCGCAGUGAUGAUAAGUGCAGCUGAUAUUCUUCUGAAGCAUAUGUGCAAUGUAGUAACGAUGUUAAAAUGCAGAUUAAUGAAUGAGUCUAUCAUCAGACCUGUGUUUACAAAUGUACGCUUUGUACAUCACCGGGAUACUCCUUCGUCAAACAAGUGUUAAAUGCGGGUCUUGGCCUUUCCAUACUUGGCUUCCAUUCACAUAUCACCUCUUAAGAAUGUGUCUUCUGCAUUGUGUUUUGAACUCAAUAAUUAAACUGACUGGCAGGUGAACUGUAUAGUAGUUGAGUGUCAGAACGUGAUUUGUGCAGCAUCUGUGUGACUAAGAAUUGUUGCAAACCUACAAAUGUUUUGUGAAAACCUGUUAAUGUCCAGUGUAAAAAUCAACAGUGUAAUUAUGAGCUGAUCAGUUAGAGACUUGUGGGCACCCCUUUAUCAUCCAGCAGAGAAUGCAAUGGCAAUAUCAUACGUUGAACAACUGUUCAUUUAUUGUAUAUAGAUAUUGUUGUACAAUUAUUUAUUAUGUUAAUAAUAAUUUUAUUUAUGAUUGCCAUUGUCAUCUGUUGCUUUUAUGUUGCCACAUUUGAGGAAAUCAGAUACAAAAAGAAUCCUUUUCAGAGUCCAAAUAGCAGUUGUUAAACAUACUGAUUUGUAAUAUUGUGCUGCGUAUAAUAAUACUGUGUAACUUAUAUUAAAUGUGAGCCUAAAUUUUCUGUGAUAUACUUCCAUUCAUAUAGCCUCACAGAGCAAAUUCAUAGUCAUAAAAUGUUCAUAUAUGUAUGCAAGAGUCACAAAUUCAUCUAUUCUGUGCCAAUUAGAAGAAAAUGUGAUUUCACAACAGAAAAUAUCAGUGCAAUAUAUGAAAAGAACAUGUUGUUUUCUGUUAGGGCACUUCACCAGAGAAACCUGGUGACGAAAUGUGAAAUUUUAUUGUGGAGUAGCUCAUCAAAGCUGAAAUCUCUAGAUGCGAGUCUUGAUACUCCAGUGGAUUUUCUGUUGUCACAGUGUGUGUAUUAUUGUUUCAGUGCAGCUUUUCAUUUUCUUUGUAGAUUAUUUGUCAUGUAACUGAGAUGCUGAGCAGCCUGUUAGUGCUAAGGAACAAGUGUAACUGCAAGUCCAACCUUGUUUAUGUGCUUCAGCAAUACUGUUAUUGGUUAACUUUUCCAUUGUUAGUGAUAUUUUGUAUACAACAGCUUCAUAAUAACCUUGAAUUCUUUGAACUUAACAGUUUAUUGGCCAGUAAUAAUGCAUAAAACUCUUGUCACAUUGUUGUGUUGGUGUCUGAGCUAAAUUAAAGGAGUAUUUGUUCUGGCUAUAGCUUUAAUGUUCAAUUAACGAGUCAUCUAGAGUGGAACAGAAUUUAACUUCAAAUUAAGAAGAACAUGUUGAUGAUGAUGAUGAUGAUGCAACUUUGUAUUCCACUAGAACAGUGAUGUUUAUAUUUUGUGUGCAACAGUACUAUUGUAAUGUUAUAUGAUUAUGAUAAUUUCGUGUGGCUCAGUGUGGUAUUAUACAAUACUUAUUUCAGCAAAUGCAAAUGUUGUGUAAUCCUUUUAAACAGGUUCAGUAACCACUCUUUCUGUUCAUCAGAUUCGUAGUGCUCUCCAAAUGUACUGCCUUUCUUUAAUUAUUGUGGCUCUUUGGAUUUUGUUGUUCAUUGUCUGAACCAAAAAAAAUGCAAUAUAUCUUUUAAGUCAGUUUUCUUUCUAUUGCCGUGUGGCAAACAUGGCAUAAAUAAAAUAGUGUAAGCAAGAUGACAGAGAUUUGUGACUUGUAGUAGUCUCUGUAAUGCCCAUUUAUAAAUUUUUAUCAAUCAUGCCAGUGUGGCUGUACAUUAUGUACUCUCCCUUUGAAUGCAAGUUUUGUGAAAUUUAAUGGGAACUGAUUCCAGAUAAUAAGCACCAGAUUUUUCAUCCAUUUGCCCUGCUCUCUGUUCCUGGAUUUGUUGUUAACUUCUCAUAGCUACUUUGUUAUAUACUGAAACUAUUUCAGUCAUGCCAGUGUGUGAUAUUUUAGGCUUCUACAGGCAAACUGACUUAAGGCUUUCAAUUGGAGAACUGGAAGGGAAAAAAUUCACUGAACAAGGUUUCUUUACAUAUCACGAACUACAUCCGUCUUUGCAAAAUAUACCAAUUUGUUACUGGGUGGUAUUUUUUCCUUCUGUAGUCUUCUGAAAAUAUGCAAAGCUUAACACGUUCCAUUGUCAAAUAAUUUGACAUUUAUUUUCUUAGAAAAUUAUUUUUAUAAAGAUAUGGAAAAUCAAACUUAAAAUGAAGCAUUUUAGCAUGGUGCACAUUGGUAGUAUUGAGAACUGACAUAAGUUGGAUAGGUGUAGGGGGACCACAUGAAUAACACCACUUGUAGAAAGCUAUAGGAAGUGUUAAAGUUUGUUUUCUCUGUGCAUGUGUGUGUGUGUGUGUGUGUGUGUGUGUGUGUGUGUGUGAGAGAGAGAGAGAGAGAGAGA